AUGCCACCUGCCAGUGCCCAUCAGUGCCACCUAUCAGUGCCACCUAUCAAUGCCAGUCAGUGCCACCUAUCAGUGCUGCCAAUCAGUGCCACCUAUCAUUGCCAGUCAGUGCCGCCUAUCAGUGCCAGUCAGUGCCGCCUAUCAGUGUGCAUCAGUGCCGCCUAUCAGUGCCAGUCUGUGCUGCCUAUCAGUGCCAGUCAGUGCCAUCUAACAGUGCCAGUCAGUGCCGCCUAUCAGUGGCAGUCAGUGCCGCCUAUCAGUGCCAUAUAUGAGUGCUGCCUUUCAGUGCCCAUCAGUGAUGCCUGUCAAUGCCCAUCAGGGCCACCU